AUGUUACUGCGAGAAAUUAUUCUAGUAAUAUUAAUACAAUAUCUUGUCAUCGGGUAUGUAGAGUUACUGGCGCGUCACUGGGAUGUCAAAACAACCCAGGGAAUCGUGCGAGGGUAUUACAAAUCAAACCCACCGCAUUUCGCAUUCCUUGGAGUGCCUUACGCCCGCCCGCCCACUGGCUACGACAGAUUUAAGGCACCUAAGCCUCCAGUACAAUGGGAUGGUAUAUUUGAAGCUAUAUAUAAAUUAAAAUGCCCACAAGAUAAUGAAAAUGGAAGUGAAGAUUGUUUAGUAUUAAAUUUAUUUAUACCAGACAAUCUAACUAACAUGCCAGUACUAGUACAUUUUCACGAUGGAUUCUUUCAAAGUGGUUGGGGCUAUCACCAUCCACCACCAUUUUUUAUAAAACAAGGGAUUAUUGUUGUGACAGUUAAUUACCGAAUAGGAGCUCCAGGUUUUCUCUGUCUGCAAUCACCAGGAAUUCCUGGAAAUGCAGGUUUAAAGGACCAAGUAGCCGCACUAUACUGGAUACACAGAAAUAUAAUAAAAUUUAAUGGAAAUUCUCAAUAUAUCACUGUUUAUGGAACCGGGAGUGGCUCAGUCUCGAUUGAGAUUCUAUUACUUUCAGGGAUAGCUGAUGGUUUAUUCCACAAGGCUAUUUUAGAAUCAGGACUUAAUAAAACUUAG